GGUGAACACAUGUAGAGGGCGCAGCAACUAUAAUUAUGCAAGCCCCACUAACCAGGUCGUCAUCUGAUAUCUCGCUGCAUAUAGCAGCGCGUCGCUGUGUACACCGGUUGAGCAGUGGUGAGAGCACAUCGGUAUAGCAAGAUAUAAGAAUGUGGACUGGAAUGAGGCUUGUGGUUUUGUUGGCGGUGUUACAUAUCGUCAGGCCACAGACAGUGUCGACUCUAAAUGGCCCUCUUCUGGGACAACGUCUGUCAGUGCUGGGUAAAUCUCUUGAUGUAUUCUUUGGAAUCCCAUACGCUAAGCCACCUGUUGGCGACCUCCGCUUCAAGUACCCCCAGCCUUCAGAGUCAUGGGGACCGGAAGUAAGGGGUGCACAGAAACCGACACCAUCUUGCUUUCAAACUACGGAUCUGUUUAAUUCUCCUGAGACUUACAGACAGACCCCUGAUGAUUACAGUGAAGACUGUCUUCAUCUUACAGUGUGGGCGCCAAAAGACAAUGGUGGCCAUCUGGCAGUGAUGGUUUGGAUACAUGGUGGGGGGUGGUACUUUGGAUCUACACGGGUGCCACUGUAUGAAUGUAAAUACAUUGCAGCAGAGAAUGACGUCAUCGUUGUAUCAAUGAAUUACAGAUUAGGACCUUUAGGCUUCAGCUACCUGGGGCCAGAUACCAUCCCUGGCAACAUGGGCUUGAUGGAUCAAAGACUGGCUUUACAGUGGGUGAAAGAUAACAUUGCCAACUUUGGCGGGGAUCCAACCAGGGUGACCAUAUUUGGAGAAAGUGCUGGUGGUGUCAGCGUGGGUCACCACUUGGUGUCACCUCUGUCACGAGACAUGUUUGACAGAGCCAUCAUGCAGAGCGGGACUCACAUUUCUCCAUGGGCUUACGCCAAAGCCAAAACAGCAAAACGGAAGAUGAAGAGGUUUGCUGGUCUCCUCGAAUGUCCAUCAUCUUCAAAUGAUGCAGACAUAUACGACUGCUUGAAGACAGCAGAUGCCCAAACUAUGGCUGACGUUCAGCUCGGUUUGUUUGAUGAAGGACUUGCAUUCGUCCCAGUUGUGGAUGGAUACUUUCUCCCUGAUGACCCAAAAACUCUCAUGUCGAGUGGUUCCAUCAAGCAAACAGGUGUAUUACACGGUUUUACGAAAGAUGAGACGACACUGUUUAUGCCGGCGAUGUUGAGGCAGUUGAGAAACAUAACAACAUUACCAGAAACAUUGAUUUUAACUCGCCCAGAGUAUGAUAAUCUUCUUUCAUUUGAACCUGGAACCGGAGAAAGAAUUCAAGAACCCCUUCAGCUGUUUUAUGAAAGUCGGAAAGCUCCUCUAAAGGACAUUGACUAUUUUGAUGUCGUGAGUAACUUUGGUUCGGAUAAGACAAUAAAGUGUCCUCAUCUGGAGUUUGACAGAUUGUACUCUCCUGAUAACCCUACCUAUGUGUACAGUUUUAACCACCGACUAUCAGUUAGUCCGUAUCCACAGUGGAUUGGAGCAACCCACUGGUACGACGUUGAGUUUGUGUUUGGUUUGUGCCUUGGCAAGUCUAUGGGAUGUACACAGGAAGAGGUGGAACUCAGCAAGACCAUCAUGACCUACUGGACCAACUUUGCCAAGUCAGGUGACCCUAACGCUCCGGUCCCAGUGAAGGUGGACUGGCCGGCCUCUGACAACACUGACCUCACCUACAUGGCCCUUGACGUGGGCAACAACUUAACAGCAGGACACGGGGUAGUCCAUCACGAAUGUGUCUUCAUCAACAGGAUUCUACCCAUGAUUCCUUCAGAUCCACCGGAAGGGAAGGAGUUUUGCAAAAGAGGAUAGAAGGACAGCAUCAUAAUAAUCAGAGCCCGAGUAAACAUAUAUGUAUCAUUAUGAUUUGUUUAUGUAGGAUUUUGCAGCUCUUUGAACAGUUCAGCAGUUAUAUGGCGUUUAUCACUGAGUGUCAGGGCAAUCCUCGUAGUUAAAGGGACGCAACUCUGCAUAUAUUUUGUUACGUCCCUUUACAACUUACCCAGCCGUUGUAACAACCUCAUGGUAACUUCAAACGUCACAUAUGCGACAGGCUUCAGGGAAUCAAGGGCAACCAGGAUGAUGAUCCAACUGAUAUAGAUGAAGAGCUAUUAAAAAAUGUACAUCCUAUAGAAUUCUCCUUACAAAUACACAGUCUAUGUAAGAAUAAAAGUCCAGGUCCAGAUAAAGUUGAAAUAAAACUUUGUUGUUUGCAAGCAGUAAUCUUCAAGCGAAACUUACAAGUUUAUAUAACAUAAUUCUCAAAACGAAAUAUCUGCCAAACAAUGUGAUAUGAGAGAUGGAACCUGAUUAGUCAGUAGGGGGAACAGUGAAGGAACAUGACGCGUAAUAAUUUGUCAAGGGUGGAAACUGGACUCUUAUUGUAAGUUAACUUCCUUGCGUCGGGAAGAUGGUCAAAAAGUGGCAUAAACGGUAUGUGAGUGAGUGAGUGAGGUUUUACGCCGCUUUAAGCAAUAUUCCAGUAAUAUCACGGCGGGGAACCAGACAAUCCAGUGAUUAAUAUCAUGAGCAUCGAUCCACACAAAUGGAUCAGCGAGCCUGACCACCCGAUCCCGUUAGUCGCCUUUUACGACAAGCAUAGUCGCCUUUUACGGCAAGCAUAGUCGCCUUUUACGACAAGCAUAGUCGCCUUUUACGGAAAGCAUGGGUUGCUGAGGACCUAUUUAGUCAGAAAUAUCCGAGCUGUAUCACGGAUGCCCAUAAUGAUGAGAGAGUGAGCGAGUAUUGGUUUACGCCGCUUUUAGCAAUAUUGCAGCAAUAUCACGGCGGGGGGCACUAGAAAUGGGCUUAACACAUUGUACCCAUGUCGGGAAUCGAACCCGGUUCUUCGACGUGACGAGCGAACGCUUUAACCACUUAGCUACCCAACCGCCCCUAACCGGUAUGUGAAAAGGGACUGUUGCAGAACUGUCCAGAGUUUUCACUUUGCAUGUUUUCACUGAGAAAAUGUCCAAAACAUUUUGAAAAGUAUUUAAUAAAUUACAGUACUAGCUCGUUGUUUGAUCUCAACCUAAGAGGUCGUUCAGACUGCAAGAGACGUAUACGGGGUAUAAGUGCAACCAAAACAUCAAUGCCAGAUGCAAUCACUUCAACAGAGUUAAAGCUACAACGAUUUCAUAGUAACCUGAGCGCCUUAUGUGUAGAAUAAAUGCUUUGUGUCCCUGUUAUCCAAGAAAACACAAAUAAAAAAACAUAUCCUCACAGAUCUAGAGCACAUUCCUGCAACAAUAGGUACACAUUCACAUUCACGCAUCUGAUAAUGUCAUCAUAUGACGUGGAAGUGACGGUGAUGCUUCGAUUUAUUAAAUAUAUUUAACGAUGAAUGUAUGUCGAGGUUGGACACAUUACGAAUAUCUGCUUACAUUGACACUUUUUUGUUAUUAAAAAAUGGUGCAAAUUGUGCUUCAUGUGUUAAGACGCUUUUCCAUAUUGAGUGCAUAGGUGACUAGUGUGCAAGUGGUCCCUGGAUUCGAACCACGCAACCUCAACAAAGGUUUCAGAGAAGGGCCAUCUUCACCGAUGAGUCACGGUUCCUUCUGAAUGUUCAUGUGUCGAUCUGGCCUGCAAGAGCCCCUGAUUUGCCACCAAUCGAGCACGUCAAGAAUGAAAUAAAAUGAUCUUUUCACUUGAAA